CCGAGCGCCAUGCCGGAGAAAGCAGAGGUCAUCCUUCGCUAUGGACCCUACAGCGCCGUGGGCCUGGCCGUGGAGCACCGCACCUUCCGCCUGGAGGGUUUGCAAGCUGUGUUGGCUAAAGAUGGACAUAAGGUCACCCUAGAGAAGAUUGAAGAGUGGAAUGUGGUAGAGCUUGUAGUGAAUGAGGACGUCGUCUUCCAGUGCAAUAUCACAGACUUGGAGUUCGGAGGUGAUGGUAAACUGGACCCACUGUGCGAAGAGGCCAGGAAAUCUGUGUUAAAUGCCUACUGAUCUCCUGUGGCACCGACACACAUAGCCAUCAGCGGCUCCUAGUGCAUGAACACUGGACUGUCCCAGCCAGAAGGAGGUAAAGCUGGCCUGCCACACAGCCUGGAUUCCCAGCUGGUUGCCAAGGCCCCCCCCCAAUAAUAAAUCCACAUCAUUGGCAGCAUCUCUCAACCUCAACCCACAGGGAGAGUUUCCAAUAUCAGGUACACACUGAGCUGAAGGAAAUAAUAAAAUGCAAUCUAAUAACAAAGCACCAUGCCUUACUAAUAACACCUAGUUGCCAGAAGCAUUCAAAAUCCCAUUCUACAGUAAGCAAAGAGCCAGGAACUGGUGAAAUUAAAGAGCAGCUGGAGUGGGGGUGGAAACCCCGGCCUUUGAAAGUCUGAAUCAAAAGUUAAUGUCAGUAUAGUACUCAGAAGCUGAGUUAUUCCUACAGAUUUCUCUUUGCCACUGGAAUAAAUACUCAAAGUUGCUAAUAUGAAAUUUGCUGAAAUCAAAUCUUAAGUUCUCCUCUUUUAAAACAGGAAGUGUUGCCUUCUUUUUCAGUGUCAGUCAAACAGGAAGCUCUUCGGAGAGCAGAAAGGCCUGAGCAGAAGCAAGAUUUGGCCCUGUCCCUUUGAAGGAGGACAAGUGAGACACAGCCUGGCAUAAAGGGGCAUUUAG